AUGAUCAAAACAAUUUACUCACCAGUAACAAGACAACUUGACACGAGCGACAAAUCAACCCGCUCCGCUGUAGAGGCGACCGCACCGCGCGACUGCUCGCUACGACUGAAGCUCUACGAAAGCUCCCCGUUUCAGCAUAAGCUCGAACUUUCAAUGGGCCACCGCAGAGCGGAAUUUCCCCUAGCCGCACGCGGCUACGAUUCUCGUAAAGCGACCGUUCAUUUGCAUGUU